CAUGCGACGUCCUCCGCCAGCUCCCUCCCGCCCCCUCGCACCUCGCCGUCCUCUUUCCUUCCAUGGCGGAGAGGGCGCUCCCGCCGCCCGUGCCCGAGCAGGCCUCCGCCGCCGCCGCCCAGCUCAGGGCGCCGCCGCACGAGACCUACGUCGUCAAGGUCCAGAAGGACCAGAUAUACCGCGUGCCGCCCCCCGAGAACGCCUACCUCGCCGAGCGGUACCGCGCGGAGCGCGCCGGCGGCGGCAAGAGCGGCGGCGGCUCGGCGUGCUCGACGCCCCUCCUGCUCACGCUCGGCCUGGCGGCCGCGGCGGUGCUGCUCCUGGGCGCCAGCGUCUGGCUCUCCGUCGUCGUGAUGCGGCCGGCCCCGCCGAGCUUCUCCGUGAACAGGCUCUCCGCGCGCAACGCGUCGGCGCAGCGCCACGCGGAGGUGGACUACGACUUCUUCCUCACGGCGAUCAACCCCAACAAGGUGACCGCGCUGUGGUACAAGGACGGGGGCACGGCCAGGCUGCUGCACCAGGGCACGGCCCUGGCCAAGGCCGCGGACGUGGGGACGCCCGAGGACGGCGGCGCGGACGCCAAGGACUUCAACGUGCUGCUGCGCGGCGGCGGCCACGCGACAUCCAAGGCGGUGGAGAGGGCGCUCAGGGGGUCGAAGAAGGAGGCCGUGGCGCUGGAGCUCGCCGUGGAGUUCCCCGUGCAGGUGCACGUGGGCGCGCUCGCGUUCGCGGCCAAGAGGCUGGCCGUGGCGUGCGAGAUGAGAACGGCGGGGCUAGGGAAGCACGUGCACAUUUCGUCGCAGAAGUGCAGGAGCAGCUUCGGGAAGUGACCGACGCCGACCGCCGCGCGCCGGCGCCGGCGCUUUGUGCAUAUAGUGGGAUCGAGGGCCGAACGGGCAGGGCGACGCGUGAAGUGUGGACGGUGGGAUCGUACGUGUACGUCGCGUGUAAAUGUGUCUUGUAGCUCGUGCUUGAUGACUCUCGAGGCUCUUUGUGUGCAAAUAUGUGUAAGUUGUUACUAACCGGAAUCUGGGACUCGCUGGACUUGUGUAAUCAUGGAAGAAUGUUCACGCGUGAUACAUGUGUUAUAUUUUUUCCACAUUUACAUU